GAAAAUACAAACAUUUCGUUUUCCACACAUGCUGCUGCCGUCGUAGUGAGUGGCUUGUUUAAUUGAAGACGGGAGUUACUAGUAUUAAUGAAAUGGAUAUCAAGGAUAAAAGAUGUGAAGUUUGUUGUAAAGAAUUCGCCAAGUACAGGUGUCCUCGAUGCUCCAAACAGACUUGCAGUGUAAAAUGUGUGAAGGAACAUAAGGCAACAACAGCUUGUAAUGGACAGAGGGACAAGUCAGCGUAUGUGCCCAUCAAAAAAUACACAGAAAAUCACCUCCUUAGUGAUUAUCAGUUCCUUGAGGAUGUCGACCGAGCAACAGACAUUGCCACUAGGAUUGCGAAGAAAUUCCCAAACAGGAAUCAUAACAACAAAAAGUUUUUGAAGAGGACAGCCAAUCAAAAAGGAGUACGUCUACUUUUUCUUCCAAAUGUUUUCACUAAACACAAGCAAAAUACAUCUCGAACUUUCAAAGAAAGUCCAAGUACCAUAUUCUGGUGUGUAAAAUGGAUAUUUCCACAAUCGGAAUAUGCUGAGAUCUUUGAAAAAAAAAUUUCAGACAAACUCACAUUCUCCGGUGUCUUAAAAAAGUACCUACAUACAACAGAAAGUAACCCAAUUCAUCGUCAGAGGUUAAAAGAAUACAUAUGUGACGACAUGGGCAAUGUGGAAGCCUAUAUGGAGUAUGACAGAAGCAGUCAACAAAGUAAAAAAAAAUUUAACCAUGCUUUAGUUAGGUGUAAUGCUGUAUAUUGCCUUAUUACGUCAAUCAAAGGAGGUCAUGUGUUCAGCACUGUCUGUAUUAAAAACUUGAUCUUGAAGCCUAUUGAAGAAAACUUAAAAGGGAAGUUGGUCGUUGAGUUUCCCACAGUUCAUGUGGUUCUGAAGGGUGAUGGAAACGUUUAUAAAACAAAAGUUCUCACAGAAGAUAACAAAAAUGAAGUCACAAACAUAAAUCACAUUAUCACCAGUCCAUCAAGAAAAGAAAGUAUGCAAAAUGAAACAAUGGAGGAUUCUAGUGAACAAGUAGAACUGGAGGAGGAAAGGGAAAAUGAUGAAGCAAAGGUGGAAACUGUUGAAGACAUAAGCAUCAUCGCAGAGCAAAGAGAACAAUAUAAUGAAUUGGUAGAAGACGUUCGCGCGGCACAUACUAACCAACACAGGUCAAGUGAACUGGAGGAAAAAGAAAUUAGUGACAACGAGGAAGUCAUAGAAGGAUAAAUAAUAUUUAAAUGCAGACCAAGAAUCACUUUAAAGAUUGAGCUAUGAACUUGAACACAAAAAUUGUUUGACAUCAUCUCCGAGCAUCCAUUUAUUUCCCAAUAGAUGCUGAGCUGUCAGCGCCUUUGCAUUCAUUUCCCUACCUUUUAACUGCACAAAAAAUAGCAUUCAUAAAGACAGUUGAAUGACCAUCAGCUUACGAAUAUAUCAAUUUUUGAGACAACACAAUACCGUCAGCUGAUUGUGGAGAUUAAAAAUGAUCCAUUUACCUGCCUCUUCAUCAGUGGCGUAAUACAUACCAUUGUACGACCAAUCCAUUACUUGUCAGGUGUGGUGAGGGCCUGGCUUAACAGCUAUCAGCUGUCACAAAAGAUUUUUAAAAAAUCUAUGAGCUGUCAACAGCUACAGCCAGGAACCUGGGAUAUUCAUCAGCAUUUUUUAUUUUCCCCAAAAACAAAAAAAAUGCAUCAAAAUACAUUGAAGCAGGGGAAGGGUUUACAGCCCCCAGGGAAGCAGGGCUCAGGCUUUUUUUAGACCAUUAUCAGCAGCAGUGUGUACCAAGUUUUUUCUCUCAGAUAUGAAAUGAGUUCGAAUUAAUGUUUGACAAAAUUCAUUGCUGCAAAUCAUAACGAAGAUCGUAUAACAAUCUGUUCAGACUUCCACCGACAAUCAGCAGAAUGCGUCACAACGUCUAGUGCUCACAGGGAUCGCAGUUAGAUUCGUUGUACGAUGCAGUUCGUGCUUGGAUUUACUCUCGACAUUACUAUGCUUGGCCAAAGGCAACAAGCAAUAAAGCCAGACUUGGUAGUGCAUUGAAUGUAAAUUAGGGGCUUACUAGUAGUACGAGUGGACUGCCUCUAUAGGCCUACGCCCCACCUUCCUACUACGGGGCUCUAACCGGUAUCCUGCAGUAGGCCUAGUAUUACGCUAUUCAUCCGUAUUUACGUUAUUAAAGUGAGUGAAGUCAUUGACGGCGAAAUUGGCAAAGGUAAUGGUAUUUUAAAGGAAAAUAGCGACCGACAAUUAAGUACAGUUCACAUCGACACAUUAUUGUAAAACAAUAUCUACCUGUAUUCUGUCUGUAAAACAAGACAGUAACAUUUAUGAAAAUGAAUGUGAAAUCCAAAUAUCGUUUUUAACAUAGAAUAUUCUCUAGAAAUAAUGAAACAUACAUUUACUUUCAUCGUACAUAAAAAUUGAUUGAAUAGUUGGAUUUAAAUGCGGUUUUCAAUGAUUUCAACAGUAAAUUGCACUCGAUAUCGAUGUUUUCGUUACUAAUAAACUGUUAAACUGACUUUCACCUACAAGUAGGUUAGUGAUAUAUUCGCUAUUAACAAUCCUUAGUACAUGUGUUU